CGACGAAGGAAGAAGAAGGAGCAGCAGCAGCGCCAUCGCCGUGGCCACCUUUUGUCGAUCCAUUGGUCGCGCUCGCGGUGCUCCACUCGUGGAGUGGCAGCGCCAACGCUCACUCACUCGCUCACUCGCGCACGCACACGCACUCCGUCAAUCCAAGCCCUUCCUCAUGGAACCCUUACGCUCGCUCUGUCUCUCUCUCAAUCCAGUGCUAGACCUUCCUCGCUCCACGUUUUGGAACUGCCCUGAAGUGCUGCCUCUUUGGUAGGGUUAUUCUUCCCACUUGUGUGUUGUUCUGGGGCCAAACUGUCCAAUUGCUCUUGUGGGUGCUGGCUCUUCUUCUUCUUCUGCUGCUGCUGCUCGGUGGGAUGUCUUCUGCACGCUGGUUCUGCGGAUGGAGGCGGUGGUGAAUUGGCCAUUCGGGGAAAUUUCACAGGUACUAAAAAGGUCUGAUCACAGCAGUGAUCUCAACUGCAAAUCUAUCAAGUGAAGGUUGAGCAAUGUGAUGGACAGCAGGCUCAAGUAGUGUUUAGUGAAUUAACGGGUGUGGGUUUAUAAGGUGGUAGUGUCCAGUAAUACUAAGGCAGACUUAGUUGUGGGAGUGUGUUAUGUUGAUGAUGGUUUCCUUGAAAGUGUUCCGGCGACUUUGAGGAGUGAAGUAAGCUAUCAAUUGCUUGAAUUCGUUGUAGUGGAAGCAAUCAAUACAUUUCUUGCAGACAAGUCUUUCACAAGUGUAAGAUCGAGAUCCAAGAGUUUGAGCGUGUUAUAGUGGAAACAAUGGAGUUAGAACGGCACUACCUCGGAGCAUGGGAUGGAAUGCAGAGGCAAGGGCAAGGUGUUGUGGAAUGCCUCGCAUCAGUGGCUCAAGGCCUGGGAGGCAUUCUCCAAAGUCAUAUACCUCAUCAUAUUCCCCCACUACCUGAAUUCCCUUUUCCUUCCGGCUUGUCAUCUUUCUCGAUUCCCUUGCCCUCCCCACAUAUUCAGCUUUCAUCUCUGCCAAGUCAAUGGCCAUGGUCUUCUUCAGUGAACAACCUUACCCACCUGGCCGGCUCUGGAUUUGGUUCAGAUACGAAGUUUGUGCAACCAUUGAGUAUUGGUGCAGGGUUCCCAGAAGUCUUAUCUAUGCAACAUUUGGGUCAAGAUGUGAGCACGCAUGUGGGACAAGCUGGAGCUUCCAUAGGAGCUUAUUUGUCUGAUCUGGCGGGAGGUUUAAUGCAACGAUUUCCUGGCCCUACUGACAAGGUAGAGAACCCUGCGUUGCAUUCCUUUGGAAUGUCUUCAUCGGUGCCACUUGUAAAUGUACAUACUGGCUCUACACCAGUACUUUCUGAGGGCAGGCUAGUUGAUGGCGAUUCGCGGACCCAGGAAAUGAUGACUUCAAAAUGUACUAGCCGGAAGAAAGGCAAUGGUGAAAAGGAAGACGGUUUUUUGACGCUUCAGAGAGGUCAGAACUUGGAAGAUCCUGCUGAUGAAGAAGUAAUGGCGAAGCUUGGCAAGACUGCUGGCCAAAUUGGCAAUCGUAGCAGUGCAUUUGUAAGCACAACGUUUUCAAGCCGUACUCAAGAUAUCGAAACUUCUGUUGUUGCUCGUGGUGAUCUUUGGCGUAUGGAAGCUACACAUGGUGGAACGUCAACUCCACUUUUUCUUUUGCAAUUGGGACCAAUUCUUUUUGUACGGGCGUCGACUCUUUUGUUACCAAUCCACAUAUCUAAACGACAUUGCCUGUGGUACGGUUUUGACCGAAAGGAGGGACUACACUCUCUUUGUCCAGCAGUAUGGUCGAAACAUCGGCGUUGGUUGGCUAUGGCCAUGGCCUCUCUGAACCCUCUUUCCUGUUCCUUUCUGGACCUGCAGUUUCCAAAUGGACAGCUGACUUAUGUGGCUGGUGACGGCCUUACUGGUAGUGUCUUCACCACUGCAAUGGGCGGGGUUCUACAGGUUCUUGGACGCUUACCUGGGGACACAAAGAUUAGUUAUUCAUAUAAGAGCAAAUGGGGGACACGAUUUACUCCAGCAGUAUUGUUGCCCGAAAGAUCAACUACACUUGAGAUAAUACAGCCGUUGGCGUGGCAGCCACUUGGUGUGCUAGUUCGGCCAACUGUAGAACUUGGUGUAACCCCAACCAUUGGCGGUAGGCACCCAGGCACGAAGGUUGAGUUACUGCACUCACCUUUGGAGAAGUUCAGUUGGGGAUGCGGCUAUGUGCAGUCGGUAGAUUCCAAAGCGUUUGCUUCUGUUUCAGUUGGCCGGUCGAAACGAAACGGCGAACACGUCGGCAGCUGCGGGUUGACAGUGCAGAUUGAGGCCCCCGUAUCAAAUCUCAGGUGUUCCUCUUUCACCGUACAGCUUAACAGUGGUGUAGAAAUUUGAACCCGACGCCUACGGUUUAAAAUUGGGAAAAAAGGAUCGGAAUUUUGAGGAUUACAAAAUCGCAGUAUCUUCACAUCUGAACUGCUCUUUACGUUGUGGAGUGAGUUUUGAUUCACAAGAAUCGCAUUCUAGCAUGUUUUGAGUAACGGUUACGUUUUGUUUAUUUUAUUUUAGAAUGUGGGUUAUAAUCCACCUGGUUAUCGAGUAGUGUGAGAUUAAUAUCAGCUUGUGGUAUACGCCGCAUAUCUGGACUGAUGGUUCCAGACUUCUUGUACAUUAUGUGAGGUGAUUGAUUUUUUACAGCUUGUUAUUGAUAUACAUGCUAUCACUGUAAUAUAAAUGUCCCUCUUUGGACUGCUUUGCCCUCCAA